UGGCUAAAAUAGAACUUGCAAAGUCGGACUAGUUGCAAGUGCGUGUUCUCAUAGCCUUGCUAUAGAGGACUGCCGACUGCCGUGUGGUGGGCUCGCCAUAAUCACGAGGAAGUGGCAAUGCCAGCCUUUCCGUUUCCUCCCAAGACCACAGCUCGCACGGGUAGAUGAGCCGGGCCGCCACAGGCCAACGGACCUGGGCUCUGAACGGCGAGCUGGCAUCAGAAUGACCGGGGCGUGCGACAGACGCCGGGGCCGGAAGUGUCCGGGACGUCGUUCGGGAAUCAAGGGCGGAGGUGUCAGCGGGGUGACCCAGCCCACGUACGCGCGAGCCCGGCCGCGCUUCUGCGCAGGCGCGAGGGGUCCCGCCUCCUGCCUGCCCCGCCGCGCCGCUCGAAGAAAGGAUCCUGGGGUUAAAUUUGCUAGAGGCUCACCUGUCUUGAGGCAGUAUACCAGGCGUGGCCAACAUAACAAGAACUCCUCCAUCUGUUUUGUAUCCCUGGACAGAAUGCCCACUGAAGUUUUGCUGAAUAUAUUUUCCUACUUGGAUGCUGUGAGCUUGCUGUGCAUUGGAUGCGUGAGCAGACGCUUUUAUCACUUGGCCAGUGAUAAUCUUAUUUGGAUCAAAAUCUACUCAGCUGCCUUUUCACCAAAAAGAUCACACUGGAAAGUUAAUUCAGUGGAGGAGACAGCAACGUCUGUGAGCUUACUAUCAGUUGAUGAUAAAGAAGUUGGGUACUGGAAGAAAGAAUAUAUCACAAAGCAGAUCUCGUAUGUGAAAGAAGCACUAGCCCAAAUUGUCAAACCUGUCAACUCCUACACAGGUCUUCCUGUGAAAAUCAAAGAGGCCCUCAGAGUAUUUGGCCUACAUUUUGCAAUUAUAUUGAGAGAAAAAAGUGGAAAAGAACACAUCAUGCAGCAUGUUGAUCUUUCCUUUAAUGAUACAUCUGCCACUGUUGUGUGGUAUGACAAAAAUUGGCCACAUCUGGCCAAGUUGUCCACCCUGGAUCUGUGUGGUGUGACGCCAGUUUUUGCGGACCGGUAUAAAACCUUUGACCCCUAUGGACCACGCUGGCUGUCUUUAAUUGCAAAGUAUGAUCUGAGUCAUUUAAGCAAGGCUGCCAUGAUUGGCUGUGACAGACUUGUCCGGGUGUUCUGUCUAAAUCCUGGACUCCUGGUGGGGCUAUGGCAGAAGGAUGACGGACUAGCAUUUGUCAUGGCAAAUCUUCAUUUUCAUCGCCUCGUGGAGAGAAGUACAUUAGGCUCAACCACUCUCCCCUAUGUGCCGCCUCCUCAUCAUAGUCCCUUUGUGGAUGACAGUCCAGACUAUGGCCUGCAAGGCUACCAGCUCCACAUCGACAUGCAUGGUGGUGGGACUUUCUACCUGUGUAGCACACUUUACACUCUCUUCUCCAGCAAAGAGUGCAUUGAGAAUGGAUAUGCAAAGUUCAUGGUGAUAAAUUUAAACAAUAACAGAGAACAUCUACCUCUUAUUGGAAAAGUUGGACUUACAUGGAGAACAACUAUUUUUGAUGGCUUCAUUGAGAGUUGCUCUUUCAUGGACCUGACCCUUCUGGAAGAGUACAGGAAGCCCUUUUGGUGUGUGAGUUCUCCAGUGUACUUGAGGUCUGUAGCCUACCCCUCUGACGGCCCUCACUUCCUGGGGCACACUUACUGUGUGGACUACAUGGAUGCGGAAGGAGGCGUGCGUGUGGAGCUGGUGUGGAUCGAAGAGACGGAAGAAUUCUUCAUCGUCAGCCUGGUCCUUUACCUCAGUGUAGCAAAAAUAAACCAUUGGUUUGGGACGAAAUACUGAGUCUUAGCAGUAGGUGGCAAAAUUUUGUUACUAGUGAGCUUUUUUUUUGUUUUGUUUUGUUUUGUUUUUUACAACUUUGUUUCUAUUGAAAGUUAAAAUAAAGCAUAUCCAUGGCGGUC